AUGAAAAUUUGUGAAACUGUUCCAGAGGGAAAAGUCAUUGUUGUUGGCUGCGCUGGUGUCGGAAAGACAAGUAUCAUCAAUAUGUAUACAACUAAAUCAUUUGCAAGCGAUACACAAAGCACAAUUGCAGCAACUUACGUUCAAAUGCGUGUUUUAACAGAGAGAGGCGAAGUUGUUCUAAAUUUGUGGGAUACAGCUGGCCAAGAAAGAUUUAAGAGUCUUAUUCCGAUGUAUUCAAGAAAUUCUUCCGCUGCAAUCAUAGUAACGGACCUAACCAACCAUGAUUCAUUAGUACAAGGUGAAAAUUGGUAUAAGAUGGUGAAAGAUAACUGUCCCAUCUCAUGCAAAGUCUAUAUUGUUGCAAAUAAAGUAGAUUUACCUCCAGGAUACAGCCAAAAUGAGUUUGAAGAAUGGGCAAAAUCUAAAGAUGUACCAUACUUUUUCACUUCAGCAAAGCAACAUGAGACUGUCGUUCCUUUAUUCCAAAGAAUCGCAGACGACUUAGCUGCAUUGCCAACGCAUUUUACUCCUGUUUCGCAGGUGCCGAAGCAGGAAAAGGAAAAGCAUUCAGAAUGCUGCUGA